UAUAAGCUGGACUCCCAUUGGGCCACCUCACACAACCCUCAAGCAUGGCUGAUAUGAAAGGUGCUGCUUUUCUGUGUUCGUUUUUUCUGGCACUUUUUUGCCGGAUUAAUGGAGAAAUCGUCAAAGGAGCAGUCUCGCUAAACUCGGGCGUCUUUGAUAAGAUCAUCAGCAGACAUCGUGUGGUGCUUGUAAAAUUUGAUGAAACAUAUCCUUACGGCGAAAAACAAGAUGAGUUCAAAAAGGUCGCACAAGCUUCACUUUCUCAGACAGACCUGCUUGUUGCAGAAGUACAGAUUGCAGAUUAUGGAGAUAAAGAUAACUCGGACCUGGCAGAGCGAUUUGGUGUGAAGAAGGAGAACUAUCCUGUUUAUAAAUUAUUCCUUAAUGGAAAAGAUGAGCCUAUUUCAUACACUGGGGAUAGUAAGAAUGCUGACAAAAUCAAGAAGUUUGUCAUGCAGGAAUCAGGUCUUUGGCUGGGUCUACCUGCUUGCCUUGAGGAGUUUGAUAAACUGGUUGCGGAGUUCUUAAAAGCCAGCCCAGAAGCAAGAUUAGGUAUUGUUGAAAAGGCUGAGGCUGCACUCAAAACGUUAACAAAGGACUCUGACAAAGAGUCUGCUGAAGUAUACAUUCGAACAAUGAAGAAGAUUGAGGAGAAAGGUGAUACAUUUAUUAACAGUGAAAUCGAAAGAGUUGAAAAACUGAAGGACGGAAAAGUAAGUGAUAAAAAGAAAGAAGAACUCAACCGGAGACUAAACAUUUUAACAUCUUUUGAAUUGCGUUUAAAAGAUGAAUUAUAACUUAAGCAUUUUUCAAUAUCUGUAAUCCCAAUCAGAUAACAUUUUUUCAUUAAAGUUCUGUUUUUUCAGUAUUGAAAUCACUCCAUGAAUCAUUCAGACCACUUUAAUAAGAAUUUCCAAUUGUAACAUAAAAAGCCAAGAGCUAAUGUAUUGUGAGUUAAGCAUGAAAGAAAAGAUUAAAAAACAUUUUUCAUGAAAUGUUUUAUUAGGUUAAGUUGAUUACACACGUAACGGGUGGAACAAGAAUUUUGCUGGUUGCUAAGUUCUUGAGUCUUUGGCGGUUACUUGAAAAAAUGGACAGUUGCUUAAAAAGAACUGCUAGAAUGUUGUUAUAAUUUUGAUAUUUAACGUUUAUUGUAUGCUUCUUUGUUUUAAUACUUGUUUUCUUCAGAUGGACAGUUGCUUAAAAAGAACUGUUAAAAUGUUGUUAUAAUUUUGAUAUUUAACGUUUAUUGUAUGCUUCCUUUUUUUAGUACUUGUUUUCUUCAAAUAGGGAAUCAGAGCAGUGGCCUGUACCAUAGUGAAUUACUAUUAGUAGUAAUAGAAGAACAAAAUUAAUAAUUCAGACUCUGGGUUUUGUCUGCUACUACUGCAAUGUGUGUCAUGAUGCCUGACUUAGUCAUGCAUUCCACCAACAAAAAGGACAAACAGUCUUCUAAGUUUAAAUGUUCUUAUUUAUGUGGAUGUUUAUAAUUUAUGCCCAUCUAUGUGACCUGAGAAUUGUGUGAGGCGUUCGAUGCUACUCAUGCAUGUGCUAUCAACACCUGAGUUCAGAAGGCAACAUGGUGUUAAAAAAUGUAUUCUUUUGUCAGAGCCUGAAAAGAUUACAAUAGCUAUACUCCUGUGCAUUUUCAUAAUAGUAUAUAGCUAAAAGCAUUCUUCAGUUAGUGAAAAGUUGUGGGAAUCGAAUUUAUAUGAAAUGGCUUUGUAUAAUAUUUAAAACAAAAUUUCUUUUUCAUGUUCCAUCUUGAAAUUUUCUGGAGACAUUUCCUGGAAAACAAAAAGAUUAUUUAAAAAUUGUUAUGUCACAUUGUGAUGACUAUACUAGUUUCACCAAACAAAAUUCAGAAUCAUAUAAAUCACCUCAACUUGGUAAAAUCUCAGAAGUGGACUUUGACAGACAUAAAGGCACUGUGUCUUACAGCUCAUGCUUUCAGCAAACAUCUCUGAAAAUCAAAAAAUUUUAUUCAAAGACUUGAAAUUAAGUCACUGCCAAAAGGAUUCCUAGUUUAAAGCCAUUGUGUUGACAAGGUUAUAAAAGGCUUAAAUUGGCAUUUUAUAUAUUUUUUUGUUUGUUCUAUAAUUGGUUUGUACAUUACUGCCCCCAAUAAUGCUCAUUUUGCAGGGGUCCAUUUUUCAACAUUUCUUAAUGUUUAAUGCCAGCAAGACAGUAAAUUUAUUGUAGCACAUGUACACAGGGAGAAAAAUUGUAAUUUAUUUACUAUAGAUAAAUUUCACACUACUGGCUUGAUCAAAUCUGGAUUCAAUCCAGCAAAGCAGGUUACACAAAACUGGAUUUUUGUCAUUUGCUAGUUUUUGUUUGGGGACACAAGAUAGCAUACCAUUAACAUGCAUGUCCACAUCCUUGACAUGUCUAUCUCUGAAAAUUAUGUAGGUUGGCUCCUCUUCAAUAAUAAAAAAGUAGAGGUUGUAAUCAUUAUCAAUCAACGGUGUGGGUUGAGCCAUGUGCUGACUUUAAAUCUUCAAAAUUUGUUCUUCUGGACAGUGUUUCUAAGACAUCUGAUUAAAUUUUUAAAAGUAUUGAA